AGCUUCUAAUAUUCUUUUUCUCUUCCAGCCCAGGCAUUACACGUACCCCAGCUGGGUCUUUUUGUUCCUGAACUGCUUUAGUUAAGAUUGCUCAAACUUGGAUUUCAAAGGAAUAUUUUCAUUGCUCCAUCUGUCACACCCCGUAAUUGGGGCCAGCUGGAUGUCAGGAUGCAUGUGGUUACCAUUGCAAUCCUGCUCUUCUUUUGUAAAGCCGCUGAGCUCCGCAGGGCAAGCCCUGGGGGCUCAAGAAGCCAAGUGAAUCCCAGCAGGGCCAACGGGGGCCGGAGAGGCUCCAAUCCAGUCAAACGCUAUGCGCCAGGCCUCCCCUGUGAAGUGUACACUUACCUUCAUGAGAAAUACUUAGAUUGCCAAGAGAGAAAACUGGUUUAUGUGCUGCCUGACUGGCCCCAGGAUUUGCUGCACAUGCUAUUAGCAAGAAACAAGAUGCGCGUAUUGAAGAAUAACAUGUUUUCCAAGUUUAAGAAGCUGAAAAGCCUGGAUCUGCAACAGAAUGAGAUCUCCAAAAUUGAGAGUGAGGCUUUCUUUGGUUUAAACAAACUUACCACCCUCUUACUGCAGCACAACCAGAUCAAAGUUUUGACGGAGGAGGUAUUCAUUUACAUGCCUCUCCUGAGCUACCUGCGCCUGUACGACAACCCUUGGCACUGUACUUGUGAGAUAGAAACACUUAUUUCAAUGUUGCAGGUUCCAAAGAACCGGAAUUUGGGGAACUAUGCCAAAUGUGAAAGCCCACACGAACUAAAAAAUAAAAAACUGCGCCAGAUAAAAUCUAAACAGCUAUGUAAUGAAGAAGAACAGGAACAACCGGACCCAAAACCCCAAGUGUCAGGGAGACCUCCAGUCAUCAAGCCUGAGGUGGACUCUACUCUUUGCCACAAUUACGUCUUUCCCAUACAAACUCUGGACUGCAAAAGAAAAGAAUUGAAGAAAGUUCCAAAAAACAUCCCACCAGAUAUUGUUAAACUUGACUUAUCAUACAAUAAAAUCCACCAACUUCGACCCAAGGAGUUUGAAGAUGUUCAUGAGCUAAAGAAAUUAAAUCUCAGCAGCAAUGGCAUUGAGUUCAUAGAUCCUGCUGCUUUUUCAGGGCUCACACAUUUAGAAGAGUUAGACUUAUCAAACAACAGUUUGCAAAACUUUGAUUACGGAGUAUUAGAAGACUUGUAUUUUUUGAAACUCUUGUGGCUCAGAGAUAACCCCUGGAGAUGUGACUACAACAUCCACUACCUCUACUACUGGUUAAAGCACCAUUACAACGUCCACUAUAACGGCCUGGAGUGCAAAAUGCCUGAAGAAUACAAAGGCUGGUUUGUGGGAAAAUACGUUCGGAGUUACUAUGAAGAAUGCCCCAAAGACAAGUUACCAGCAUACCCUGAAACAUUCGACCAGGAUACCGAAGACGACGAGUGGGAAAAAAUACAUACGGAUCACACAGCAAAGAAACAAAGUGUAAGAAUCACUAUUGUGGGAUGACUUCAAAAAUUGUUAUAGUUUUAACUAGUUUUGUAUUUGCUAUGCUAGUGUCAGAAAAUCUUGUUUACAUUUUGAUGACUGUGUUGCCUAUUUAUGCAAGGUCAUCCAGCUAAAGGAGGGUUUCUUGAAUUAUUAUUAUUGUGACGAUUAUAGUAAUCAAGGGAAUAGUCUCAUCCUGCUUGCCUGUCUGCUUGUGGAGCAGCCUCCGGUGACACACUGGUUACCUGCAGGAGUUGGGUCCUAAUGAUGACAUUAGUAUUUCAUAAUGUCCUGUAUAAAUGUUUUUACUGUGUUUUGAAAAUAAUAAUAAUAAAAAAAAUUGGUUCAUUUUUACAUGCCUUUGGAUGGCUGUUUGUACAUACCUAAAGAUGAUCAAAAUGAAGAUAAAAACAC